AUUCUAAUAAUUUUAAACAAUUAAUUGAAACAGAAGAACCUCAAUUAAUUGGAUUUUUAGAUGAAAUGACUAAUGCUUUAUUAAAUAAUUUUUAUUGCUUUAAUAUUAAUGAUUUUCAUGAUAUUCAUACAUUACGACAACCAAAUAAUACAACACUUUCAACUGCAAAUCAUUUAGCAACAUGUGUAACUAAACCAAUUGAAAAUCAACAACCAAUUCUAGCAAUUUUAAAUAAUCAUUCUUUUUUUUAA